UGGUGAUGUAAACGUAAAUUCCAAUUUAAAAUCCGAAGGUCAUUCCAUAGAAACCAAUUUCUUCGGUUUAUCUCUCGCUCACCUGCAAGCAAUCCAAAUGUAUUAAAAAAGAAUUAACACGGUAGUUUUCAUUAUCUUCAACAAUGUUCCUACCUUGUUUCUCGAUCAGCUAACCUCUCAAUCAAAGGUGGCGCCAGUUUGCCAAGAAUCGUUGUACAAGAGGAAGAAAUGAACAAGUUUAAGCGAGUGCAAGCUCAAAAUCGAGCGAGCAUCGAAAGACACCUUGAAGAACACCCGGUGACAAGCUCGUCCAGCGAAGACGAAGACGAAGGGACAACCGAACUUUUAGAAAAAGCAGUAGGAAAUGUCCUAUCUUCGUAUCGAUUCAAAGGAGGAGAUGCAGAGAAGAUUCUGUCCUACCUCAGCAAUACUUUCCAAUCUGGUGGUGCGGUCUGCUUAAUAUGCAUUUCCUCUGUCAAAAAAGUAGAAGCGAUAUGGAGCUGCAUAAGAUGUUUCUCCUUCAUGCAUUUGCCUUGCAUUCAACAUUGGAUACGAGACAGUUUAAACUACAAACGCGAAAGGGAAAUAGCUCCAGUAUGGGCCUGUCCCAAGUGUCGAGCCGAGUACCGAGACGAGGAGAUUCCGAGAGAAUACCGAUGUUUCUGCGGGAAGACGUCAAACCCGCUUUACCAACCCUGGUUAAUUCCCCACUCCUGCGGAGAGGCUUGCGAGAAGCCCUUGGAACCGCGUUGCGGCCAUCGAUGCAUACUUUUGUGCCAUCCGGGACCGUGCCCUCCGUGUCCGCAAAUGGUCACGUCGUCCUGCUACUGCGGAAAACGGGCAGGGGUGUCGAGACGCUGCAACGCCAGAGAAUGGAGCUGCGGAAGCGUCUGCGGGAAGCUCCUCGAGUGCGCGGAGCAUCGAUGCCGCGACAAGUGCCACCCCGGCGAUUGCUCGCCCUGCUCCGAAACGGUGGAAGCACCCUGCCGCUGCGGGGCUGAGGCGGAGGCGCGAAGAUGCAGCGAGUCCAAGUGGGUAUGCGAGCGGCCCUGCGCGACGCCGCUGUCCUGCGGCGUCCACCGCUGCGAGGGCUUCUGCCACCGGGCCGGGGACUGCGGAAGCUGCCCCCUCGAGGGCAACCGGACGUGCCCGUGCGGCAAGAAGAGGUACGUCGUGUCCUGCAAGGAGGAGGACGUGCCGACGUGCGGGGACACCUGCGGUAAGCGACUCGAGUGUGGUAGGCACUCGUGCAGCAUGCGAUGCCACUACGACGGCUGCGGCCAGUGCCUGCAGGUCGUCGUCAAGGCCUGUCGCUGCGGAGCCUAUAAGAAGGAGGUAGCUUGCGCCAAGGAGUUCCACUGCAACACCAAGUGCACGAGGAUGCGCCCGUGCGGCCGACACCCGUGCAACCGGAAGUGCUGCGACUGCCAAGCGAGGGACGCCCCGACCGCCUGCGAAAAGGUCUGCGAGCGGAUCCUCGGGUGCAGGAGGCACAAGUGCGCGGCGCCCUGCCAUCCCGGGCCGUGCUACCCGUGCGGCAGGACCAACGUCGUCCAGUGCCGAUGCGGCGGCAGCCAGCUCGCGGUGCCCUGCGGCACGAGGAAGAGGAUCUCGCCCCCGAGUUGCGACCGGCCGUGCGGGCUCGCGUCGGGGUGCCAUCACCCGCAGCCGCCCCAUCGAUGUCACCAGGGCCCCUGUCCGCCGUGCCGCGCGGUCUGCGACCUAGCGCACGCGGCCUGCGGCCACGCGUGCCCCGCUAUCUGCCACGCCAGGGUCUGGGUGCGGCCGACGGAGGAGGGCGCGUCGCGGCCCGUCGUCGCGGUCGGCCCCUGGCAGCGCAGGCCGCCCAAGUCCGAGCGACGCGUCCUCCGGGCACUGCCCUGUCCGCCCUGCGAGGUGCCCGUCCCGGUAACCUGCUUCGGCGAACACGAAACGCUACCCCGGCCGUGCCAUCUCGCAGUGCCCGACUCCUGCGCCCGGGAGUGCGCCCGGCCGCUGACCUGUGCCAACCACCGCUGUGCGAGGCUCUGCCACCGCCCGGGUGCUCCGGCCUGCGACUCCUGCGAGCGCCCUUGCGAGCUGCCCCGGCCCGAGGGCUGCACCCACGCCUGCGCCAGGCCCUGCCAUCCCGCUCCUUGCGAGCCUUGCCAGCGGCUCGUCAAGGUCUCCUGCCACUGCGGCAUCAACGCCCUGUAUCGGCGCUGCUCCGAGUUGACCCUCGCCUCCCCGGAAGCCAAGCGACAGAUGCUAGCAUGCGGCAACCAGUGCCCCAAAAACUACUCGUGCGGGCAUCGCUGCGUCGACGGCUGCCACGAAGGACCUUGUCCGAGGGAGGACCUCUGCGACAAGAGGGUCAAGGUCUGGUGUAAAUGUAAGCGAAUCAAGAGGGACUUCUCCUGCGAGGUGGUUCGCCUCGGAAAAGCGACGGUAGACUGCGACGGUGCGUGCCUGAAACGAAAGGAAGAACGGGAGCAGCUCCAGGCGAUGGAGCUGGAGAAGCGGAAGGCGGAAGAGGAAACGAGGAACCGCAUGGAGAUAGAGAAGUUUGAGAGGAAGUUCAAGCCCAAGCGCAGGGGGAAGGCGAGAAAUCGGUUCGACGACGGGACGAAAGAAAGUAGGAACUUCUUUUGUCGGAAGAUUUGGUUACCCGCUACAGCUAUCGUGGCAAUUGCCGUCGCGACGGUUUACGUCACCGUUUACGUUUAAUUUGCGGCGUCGAUCGACUUUUUAGAGGGGGGGGAAAAAUCGGCGGGAGCCUCUCUUAAAGGAUAACGUACAUGGUAGCCGUAGGAUAUUUUUAAUUGUUUUAAUUGAAAACGUUUAUCGACGAUGCGACGAAAAUUCUUGGUCUUGGGACGCAUCUUGCCGAAACGACGGGAAUACCAACGGCGUACUAACUCGUAAUCUACGAUUUCGUCGAAACUGAAUGAUCGUGGCCGGGCGUCGAGGCAAAUCGACAAAACUGCGCUUUUCCCGGCUUCUAUAGCUCCGUCACGGUCCCAGGCCAAUGUGUAACGUAUUCGCUAGCAGCGAAAAAAAAAAUCCUUACAAAAAGAAUCUCCCGAUAGGGAAGCAAAUAAUAACUCCUGGAAAUGUUAAUCGUUGGCGGAUGGGUAUGCUCUGCCAUGGGGUGUAAAUAAUGAAUUAACACGAUAUGAAACAUGAGAAGGCUUUACGACGUUCAUGGGAUGUCCUCCCGUUGGACUCUCGAUACGUCGUAAGCAGUUAUGAGGCCCGUCAAACCUCCGUCAAUAAUUAUAACCUCGAAGUUAUCGCAAUCCGAACGAUUCGACAUACCGUCCUAUCCGAACGCAACGCUAUUCGUGAUUUCGUUUUUGUACGUCCAUAUGGGUUGACAAGGAAGAAGAAUAAUUAACGCUUCGUUCAGACGAGAUCGUCUCUCUUUAUAAUCCGCGGGUAAAAUCGUAAUAUCGUUGAGGGUGACGCCCGCCAUCUGGUGAAGCGGAAGCGAACUGCGAGCGACGUUGCGCUGGAUAGAGGAUGAGCGUAUCUUCGUAGAUCGGGGAUGUGAAAAGAAAAUGGCGGCGUGCCGUGAGGUCCCCGAAAAGGGGCGCUACGUUAAAUCGAGUUUCGCGUCGGUGGAACGUCGUCGGAACAUGCCCACUAUCCGCCUAUGACGCGC